AUUGUCGGACCCAGUGACCCUACCUUUGGCGUCAAAGGGGGCAGGUCCAUUAAUGGCCCCGCUUUCAAGUGGCCUUUCGGAAACCUCGAAGAUAAAUUCAUGCGCGGGCGCGUGAAAGGUAUAGAAUGGCAGGCCAAGUAUGGCUCCGUAUAUCGCAUCUGGUCUGGCGACCAAGCAGAAGUUGUACUUACCCGCUGGCAAGAUGCUCUCGAAUUUUACCGUGACUCCCACUUGCACAUCAAGCCAAGAGACUCUGAUGGUGGCUGGAUGUUCAAGGCUAUUUUAGGUUUCGGCUUGGGUCUUGUUAGCGAGUCCCAAUGGCGUCGUCUGCGAGGUCACUUUGACCCUCAUUUCAACUUUGGCAUCGUUUCCAAAUUCGUCCCUGAUAUUCUCCUCGAGGCCGAUGAAUUCGUCCAGGGUAUCUCACCUUCGGGUUCGGCAAAUACAAUUGACAUGCACACGGGUGACGACUUCAAGCCCUUUGGUUUCUUCCUUGUUGCCAAAUUCCUCUUCGGUGAAUUGGACAAGAGCCAGAGACAGAUACUUACUGAGCUCAUCGACAUGCACACCAGCAUCUUCAAGCUCAUUUUCACUGACGUCAAAGCCAUGAUUCCUGUGGCCAGAUACCUCCCAUUCCUUCAAGUCAGUCGCACUAUCAAGACUUUCCACGAUAGAUGGUUGGACUUCAACCACGAUGCGUUUGAGAAAGUUAAAGGCGACCCCAACUAUCCAAUCACGCACUUGUGGCAAGCAAAGGAGAACGGGACAAUGUCAGAAAAGGAGUUGCUUAACACCGUUGACGAAUCCCUCUUUGCAAAUGUCGAUGUAUCUGCUGGCGUUGUAGCCUGGUCUAUUCUCAUGACGUCCGUCCAUCAAUCCCAUCAAAAGCGACUACGUGCAGAAAUCGCCGAAAAUGCUCAUGAUCUUGAUGGAUACGUCCGACGUUCCGAUACUUAUCUCCACCACACCCUGUUAGAAACCCUGCGCGUGCACCCUGUUGCCCCCCUCAUUCCCCCCGAAAGCGCCACCGUCGACAAAGUCCUGGAUGAUGGUUACGUCAUCCCUCGUGGCGUUAAAGUUAUCACGGAUGUGGUAGCGGUCAACGUCCGCGACGAGUUCUGGGGUGAUGACCGAGAGCUGUUCAAACCUGAACGCUUCGAGAAACUCACUGCGGAGGAGGUCAAGAGACAUUUGUUCCAAUUCGGCUUCGGACCAAGACAGUGUCUUGGAAAAUAUAUUGCAGACCGCAUGGUCAAGGCCCUAUUGGUAUAUAUGUUCGGUCGAUUUGAAGGUGUCGAGCUGCCAAAUGGUCAGGACGCUAAGGGUGACUGGAAAGUCAAGGUGGACACAUUUGUGCAGCUACCAGAUGCACGUGUACGAUUCACAAAGCUAGCAAAGCCCCUUGUGUAAGGAUGGAGGCGUGUAGAGUGAUUAAAGUAUCUUUGCAGAAUGUCUUAUAGUAUUACUAUUUAUUGAGAGGGAAUAAUACUCUGUAGCUCCGAUAUCACAAGUACUCAGGAAGUGAGGUGAUCUAACGA